AUGGGCGAGGACACGGACACGCGGAAAAUUAACCACAGCUUCCUGCGGGACCACAGCUAUGUGACUGAAGCCGAUGUCAUCUCCACUGUCGAGUUCAACCACACGGGAGAGCUGCUGGCCACGGGCGACAAGGGUGGCCGGGUCGUCGUCUUCCAGCGGGAACCGGAGAGUAAAAAUGCGCCUCACAGCCAGGGCGAGUACGACGUCUACAGCACCUUCCAGAGCCACGAGCCGGAGUUCGACUAUCUCAAGAGCCUGGAGAUAGAGGAGAAAAUCAACAAGAUCAAAUGGCUCCCUCAGCAGAACGCCGCCCACUCCCUGCUGUCCACCAACGACAAAACCAUCAAAUUAUGGAAGAUCACCGAGCGAGAUAAGAGGCCCGAGGGCUACAACCUGAAGGACGAGGAAGGCAAACUGAAGGACCUGAGCACCGUGACGUCCCUGCAGGUGCCCGUGCUGAAGCCCAUGGACCUGAUGGUGGAGGUGAGCCCGCGGAGGGUCUUCGCCAAUGGCCAUACCUACCACAUCAACUCCAUCUCCGUCAACAGCGACUGCGAGACGUACAUGUCGGCCGACGACCUGCGCAUCAACCUCUGGCACCUGGCCAUCACCGACAGGAGCUUCAACAUCGUGGACAUCAAGCCGGCCAACAUGGAGGACCUCACGGAGGUGAUCACGGCGUCCGAGUUCCACCCGCACCACUGCCACCUCUUCGUCUACAGCAGCAGCAAGGGCUCCCUGCGCCUCUGCGACAUGCGGGCGGCCGCCCUGUGCGACAAGCACUCCAAGCUCUUUGAGGAACCCGAGGACCCCAGCAACCGCUCCUUCUUCUCGGAGAUCAUCUCCUCUGUGUCCGACGUGAAGUUCAGCCACAGCGGCCGGUACAUGCUCACCCGGGACUAUCUCACGGUCAAGGUCUGGGACCUGAACAUGGAGGCGAGGCCCAUCGAGACCUACCAGGUCCACGAUUACCUCCGGAGCAAGCUGUGCUCCCUGUACGAGAACGACUGCAUCUUCGACAAGUUCGAGUGCGCCUGGAACGGGAGCGACAGCGUCAUCAUGACCGGGGCCUACAACAACUUCUUCCGCAUGUUCGACCGCAACACCAAGCGGGACGUGACCCUGGAGGCCUCGCGGGAGAGCAGCAAGCCCCGGGCCGUGCUCAAGCCGCGGCGCGUGUGCGUGGGCGGCAAGCGGCGGCGGGACGACAUCAGCGUGGACAGCUUGGACUUCACCAGGAAGAUCCUGCACACGGCGUGGCACCCGGCCGAGAACAUCAUCGCCAUCGCGGCCACCAACAACCUGUACAUCUUCCAGGACAAGGUGAACUCGGAGAUGCACUAG